AUGGCGUCGCCCCAGUUGUUACAUGCUGCGAUUGCCAACGAUGUCGUGCGAGAAGCACCGUACACCCUGUUGUGCAUGGUUGUGGCUGUGGAGAAGGCGAAUUCCAGUGCAGCCGAGACAAUAGGUGAUUUAUUGGAGAUCUACUUGAGUGAAAGUAAUGUUACUCCAUUGGAGCGUGUAAUGCAGGCUGCAGACGAGUAUAGUUUACAGAAGAACGCCACGAGAGGUAGAAUUAAGCUGAAACGAGAGCGAAAAGCUCAAGAUGACGAAGAAGUGUCAAUCUCUCGAGCGAGUUUUGUUCAAGUUCAGGCAGAUCUUAAGCGGCUACUUUAUUCAACGUCACAGAUUGAGACUCAAAAGAGACUGGAAGAACAAUUGGAGAAGCUGAAACUCGCACAGAUCCGUGAAUUCACUGGGGUUUUACUGCCCAAGCACUUGCAGAUCACGCCGAUCGAAGAGGAUCCACUCGAGUUCCGUCGCGACAUACAUGGCGUUGCUCAAAUGAGGGGACGAAAUGUACUUGGAGAACACUACGCUCCGAAGACCGACCCACUCCGCUUUCUCCGUACUCACACAGUGACUGACCUUUUCAAGCACAUGAAGCGUGUAGUGCGCGGGGACUUGAGCACGCGUAAUAAGAGACGCAUCGCUGCUUUGAAUGCUAAAGAGAAAGAACGCAAGAAAGAGCUGGAAAGACAAGGGAUAUUGUCACCAGAGCAACAGCUCGAGGCAAAGUUUGAUCAACUGCUCAACGCAAGUGUAGCGUAG